AUGUCGGUCAUUAGUAUAACCACGCCAGCACCAAAGAACAAUGAUGUUGACCUGGAUGAAGAGAUGGACAACGUUCACGAGGCGAUUGUCACUCCGGGUGAGCUUGUUACCACCGACCCUGUGUGGAUGAAGGGGCAUGGCACAUACUUUUUGGAUGACAACACUUACUCAGCGGUAGCAGGGCAAGUGCUGAGAGUUAACCGGUUGCUCUCAGUGAUUCCGCUUCGAGGGAGAUACCAGGCGGAGACAGGCGACCAUGUGGUUGGUCGAAUUACAGAAGUUGGUAACAAGAGAUGGAAGGUCGACAUUGGAUGUAAGCAGGAUGCAGUACUCAUGUUGGGGCUGGUCAAUUUGCCCGGUGGUGUCCUCCGACGGAAGCUGGAGAGUGAUGAAUUGCAGAUGCGUAACUUCUUGAAGGAAGGCGAUUUGCUCAAUGCUGAAGUACAGACUGUAUUUAACAACGGUAUGGCGUCUUUGCACACUCGUUCACUCAAGUACGGGAAAUUGCGUAAUGGUAUCUUCAUGAGAGUUCCUCUGUCACUUAUCCUUAAGCUGAAGAAUCACGCGUUCGAUCUUCCAGGGAAUGUUCUGAUUAUCCUUGGCUCAAAUGGUUAUCUCUGGCUCUUCAAACCCACCAGUAUCCAUCGCCCUCAAAAGCACGAAGUUGCGGAGAAGAUCUUGGAAUCGGCGAAGCUGACAUUCACUACGCCACUGAUCACCCGUCUCGAAGAUGAAUCUUCGUGGGAAAUCUAUAGUGAUGUCAACGAUCCGAUUCCAGCUGCUGUUCGUCAAAAUAUCACCCGGUACUACAACGUCAUUAAGGCACUUGCCUCUUGCGAGUUGGGGAUCACUGAACAGCGUAUCAUCUUGGGAUACGAAGCCCUGAUGGGGUUCGAAGGCAUCGGUCUGUUAAAUGAAAAGGAAGCGAUGGAAUCUUUGUGCAAUGAAGUGCUCAGAUCUGAAAAGAUGAGAGGGCAGUGA